AUGACUGACGAAGGUCUGUGCUUUAAUUUCAAUGGAUUAAGUUCACACGAAAUUUACACAGAUGCAAUGGCUUCGAGAAUGAUUAAAAUAGGGAAAAGUCGAAAUAUGUCAGGAUGGAGUUUGGAAACUGGUUACACCCAAAAAUCCGACCAUGUAAAAUAUCCAAGUACGGGUGAUGUGGGCCAAAAGAAUGGUCUUGAUUUGCUUCUUUCCGGUUUUGAAAGCGAUUUCGAUUUUAUGUGUAUUCAAGUGCAAGGAGCCAGUAUUAGACUGUCGGUACCUGGCGAAGCAUAUACUGACCAUCAUAAUGAAGCUAAUAUAGAUAUAUCAGAAAAUUAUCGAUUAACGAUUGUGCCCAGAUAUUCUGAUAUUUCGGAAGGACUACGUCGAUAUAAACCAGAACAACGCGAUUGUUUACUUAACUCCGAUCGACGAUUGCGUUUCUACAAAAGUUAUACUAAAGAAAACUGUUAUGAUGAAUGUUUGGCGAAUUUUAUGAAGAAUUCGUGUGGAUGCGUUCCAUUUUGGAUGCCAA